CGUGCUUCGCAGUGAUGGAAAGUGCUAGCACGACUCUCUGUUCCGAGAUGAAUGUCGAUCAGCAGAUGACGGAGCAGCCUGCGUGGUCUGCAGGAACCCCCAAACGCCGAAAGACAUAUUUGGAUGCAAAUGCUCCUUUCGUGGUACCGGUGUCGACGAUAAGGUACAAGCGUGUACGCGAGGACCAGAACGUUGAGCCGCUCGCGCGGCCCAGCAGCGAGCACAUGGACACAGAGAGCAGCAAUUCACAGCUAACGGCAGGAUGUGCUAUGUCGCCUGCGCAUUCAGAGGAAGCCUUGUGUGGCGAAGAUGAUUGGACAAGCGGGGACCCUUUCAGCACAUUAGAAGACAACGACGCGCAGCGUGAGCAAGGUAUUCCCGGGGAUGAUUCAUUUGAGGACUCUUUGGUAACAUGCCUGGAUGAAUUUGGGAGAGAGAGACUGCCGCAUUCAUCUACGACAAAGGCGGGCGCCGUUGCCAUGCUAAUGUCGCUUGUCGUGAGCAACGGCCUGACUUGGAAGGCCCUUGGAGACAUCAUCGAUUUUGUCAAUAAGCUUUUCGAACCAGAAACCGAUGUGUUACCACGCAGUAAGUACCUGUUCCGAAAGCUGUGGUCCCAGAAGACAAAGCAACAUGCAAAGUUCCAUCACCUGUGCUCGACAUGUGAAUCAGUUUUGACUCCCGAUAGUUCACUGUGUCAGCUGUGUGGGGACAAAGCAAAGGUGGAUGGAAACAAUCCGUGUUUUGUAAUAUUCAACCUUGAGAAGCAGCUGAAGUACGUUGUGGGAAAAACAAAAGAAGACCUUCACAGAAAUCUCCGCACUGCUAGCUCGGCACAAAGUAUCAUAACCGAUAUGACAUCUGCCGCAGGCUAUAAAGCUCUGAGAGAAAAGGUGGGACUGCGUGAGAGUGACUUGACUUUAACUGUGAACACGGAUGGCAGCCCGCUCUUCGAGUCUUCAAAGACCUCUGUGUGGCCCGUCCAGUUUGUCAUCGAUGAACUACCACCUCGUAAACGUUUCAGUAACUGCACCCUCGCUGGCCUCUGGUGUUCGAAGAGCCACCCGGAUAUGUCCGUCUUCCUUUCAGAGUUUGUAACAGAGGUGAACAGCAUGGAACCUGUUCUCUGGGAGGAAGAUGGAUGCAAGCCCUCUUCGCGAUCAUUUGUGCUUUGCUGUGCCGUGGAUGCUCCCGCACGCGCUGCUGUCCUCAAUAUGAAACAGCAUAACGGGUACAGCUCGUGCACAUGGUGUCUAAUCACUUGCAGCUAUGUGGACAAUUGUAUGCGCUACAUAAGUAGCCAACCCGUGGAACAGCGAACAUCAGAGUUGCUAGUGCGAGAUGGCGAACUCUCACUAGAAUUGGACACUGAUAUCAAUGGUGUCAAAGGGCCAACACCAAUGAUGUACCUGCCAGGUUUUGACCUUGUUCGAGGCUGCAGUGUAGAAUACAUGCACUCUGUGUUGCUUGGGGUAGCACGUCAGUUGAACGAUCACCUGUUUGGCUCGUCCCACUCAGUAGAACGCUACUACAUAGUGGGCAGCCUGCGUGCAGAGGAGAUGGCUGCCUGUGAGCGACUUCUUGGCUGUACCCGUCCCCAGAAUGCAUUCCACGAUGGGAAUGUGUGCAUGUUGGGCCACAGCCACACCGGGAGACUAAGCUCAACAGAAUUGGACGCCAUAGAACGCUUUCUGAACUGCAAGCCAGCCAGCAUCAUGGAGCAUGAUAGGUUCAUCUUUGGCACUCAAGUCUUCCACAGUAGCAGCUACUCAAGGCCGUCUAGAAGUGACUCCACUGUAUUUGUAUCGAGUGGUGGCGUCUACUACAAGAUAGAAAAAGUGGUGAAAGUGUGUACUGGAGCUUCUCCAAAGUGCCUACUGGUCUGCAGAAGCAUCGUUGUGUGCGUAUCUUCAUGUGUGUAUCCACCACAUAUCAAAAGUGCUUUCUCUCCCAGCGUGAAGAAGUACAUAUUCUACAACCUGAGAGCAUAAGAGACACUUGUCUUUUCAUUUCAUUUAAGGGCGGGCGGUCGUAUGUCUGCGACCUCGCAAACAAAGUUGAACGCGAUGUAACGCUGAUGUUGUAUUCUGUUUGCAUUUUUUGCACCCGUCCCAGGGCACUGCUUUCAUGUGCUCUACCGUCAUAUUAAUGAAUUUUCUGUUACUUUCUACUGUAAGUGGCUGAUGACUAAUUUCUACUUGUUUUUGUUGCUUGCCUGCAUUCCUGACAUUUCAUUUUUUAUUACGGUCUCGCUUGUUGAGCAUGUCUUUGUUGUGCUGUUUACCGCAUAUUGUGCUCGGCAGGGCUCGUACAGGUCGUUGACACUCCUUACAUCUAUCAUAUCUGUAUUUUUGAAAAUGGGACUGAACUGGCCAAUUUUACAAAAACAAACAGAGGACAAAGGUGUGUGUACAGCCUUGACUUUAUGCUCUGUAUUUCCUCCUAAUCUAUUUUUGUCUCCACUCAUUGUGGCAGCAGCCUUGAUGUGGAAAGGGAUUGUCAAUUCCUAGUUGUCAACAGCCUAGUUGUCAAUUUCUCUGUAAGGUUUAGGAUACCUUCAAUCUGCCCCACAAAAUGUGACUGUGAAGUGUGAGAAUUGACACAGAGGCAGACUUGUACGUAACGUAAUUACAAUUUUCAGUAAUCAAUUGCCAAGUAAUCGAUUACUUUGAUACUGAAGAAUCCACAUUGUUCGUCAAGACCAAACCAACUUUUUUAGUCAUUACUUCAUUACUCUUUGACAAGUAAUUUGAUUACUUCAUUACUUUUUGACAAGUAAUUUGUAACGGUAAAAAAUUACUUUUUCGUAAAAGGUAACUGUAAUCAAUUACUCUUUUCUGGUAACGUGUACAAGUCUGCUCAAAGGUCAUUCAAGAACGGCAAAAGAAGAAAAAAAAAACACCGCCAGGAAUAGCAUUGUAUGAAGUUUAUACCAUCAUGAAUCAAACAAUAUCAAAAUACUGAUAUAGAAAAAAGAUGGUGUCGUUUCCUAGAGUAGUACGGUCAGUUCAAAAAGUCUCACCUGUUACGUAUUCAUUUUCUGGGAGCGUUUAAACAAAUUAACAAGUCUCU